AUGCCUGCGCUGAUUGGAGAGUAUCUGGUAUCGUUCAAACCCGAAGUGGGUGCGCUUUCGUUCCCAGAUGAGUUCGUUUCCAAUGGUCUCCAACGUAUUCCCCUUGCAAGUUGUGCCGAGCUGGACCCGGGAGACGUUAUUAGAGUGUCUGCCGCGCCGCUACUACGAGUACCGGUGGAAACCCUGAAGGCGGCACCAUCUUCGAUUCCUACCGGUCCCACAACCUCUACAUCACCACCUCGGGUCAACGUCGUUGGCCUCAAGUCCGGGACUCACCGCUCUCCGGACCCCGCCUCCGCCCCGCCUCCCCGGAAGCCGCCUCCACAAGAACUACUUGACCGCUUCUCUAAGGCACAGCGCUCCAGCUUCAUGCGCUUGUGGGCUAGGCUGCCCGCAAAUAUGCACGACAUCGCUUUCGAUCUACACAAUCCGGGAUUGACACCGGAGGCUAUCGAUCGUUUGGCCGACGCCCUUGUUGAGUAUUCUGAUGUGUUCUCUACUUCGAAAACCGAUUCUGGUUCCUGCACCAUCAUGCCGUUCACUCUUUUUGUCCCCGCAGGGACAAAGCCCGUUGCAUCACGGCUCAUUCAGCAUUCCACGUCUCCUUGGGCUUCUCCUUUGGUGGUCAUCCCCAAGAAGGACGGAUCGGUUCGCAUCACCGUCAACUACAAGCGUCUCAACGCCCUGGUGGAUUUGGAUGGACAACCUCUCCCUCGGAAGGACGACACUGUCCCACUCACCGCCUUUUGCACUCCCACGCAGAUGUUUGAAUGGCUUGGAAUGCCGCAGGGAGCCAACGUAAGUCCGUCUUUGUUCGUCAAGGUCAUCAACAGAGUGGUGCACGGUCUGGAGCGUGUGCUUUUGUAUCUGGACGAUGUCAUCUGUUUCGAUGAGGAACCUUUGGGACAAGUGCUCAGCACGAUAAGGUUCUUCAAACGGCUGCGACAGUAUAACCUCAAACUGCCCCCGGGGAAAGCUCGCGUCGGCGCCACACACGCCAACUUCCUCGGUCACACCAUCUCUCCGGCCGUUGUUAGCCCUGAUGGCGUCAAGGUUAGGGCGCUCACGCACAUGCUGCCGCCGACGAAUGUUAAGCAGCUUCGGAGCCUUCUCGGUGGACUCAGUUACUACCGGAUGUUCCUCAAGAAUCUCGCCACCAAGGUGCGGCCUCUCAACUCUAUUCUCAAACAAAGCGUUCCCUUCAAGUACACUCCGGGCGUGGUCAAGGUUGUCAAAACGAUGUAAAGCGAACUCGCUCGUCCCCGAUUUUGGUCUUCCCGGAUUAGGCAGCGGUCAAGGACAGCAGCCGUUCGCUCCGUUUGUGUUCCGACGUGUGUAUCGACGGCUUUGGCGCCUCCUUGGAACAAGAACAACUCGAUCGCUCGAUGAGACCCAUUGUGUACAUCAGUCGCGCUACUCUUCCUGCGGAGCGUAACUGAACCGUUUUGGAUCUGGAGGCUGGUGGCAUUGUUUGGGCCAUCAAACGCCUUCGCGGUUAUCUUUGGUCGGCCAAGUUCAUCAUCCAUUCGGACCACAAAGCCUUGAAGAGCAUUGGCAAGGUUGGGGAACACAACGAUAGGGUGCAACGAUGGCUCGAAUUUCUAUCCAACUUCACCUACACCCUAAAAUAUCGGAAAGGUUCGGCAAACGGCAGCGCGGAUUUUCUUUCGCGGCUGCCUUUACCAGCACAAGACACGGACAAAACCGGCCCCGACUGCAUUAAUGGUGUUGAUCAUGCGGGUGUUUUCCUCAUUCGGGCUUGCGGGCGCAACUAUCACUCGUCGUCUGCGCCGGAGGUCGGUUUGGGUGGGCUCCGCCCUCCUUGCCCGGCGGGAGUCUCUUCGCCCCCAGCGCUCCAGCCCUCCGAUUUUGGGGAUUUUCGCCGACAUCACCAACGUCGGUUGGAUGCUCUGACGGACUCAACGAUUGCCUGCGAGGAUUCUCGGCGGUCUCCGGGGGUUUUCAUCGUUUCGCCUGUUCCCGGAAACCCAGGGCCUGUUUCCCCUUUGACUCCUGCUGCGUCCCGCGUGAUGUCUCCUGUCGCGUCUUUGGCGACUAGAUAUGUGCACGUUUUGUCUUCCCUUCCGGAGCGGGGACCGCUCAUGUCUUCACGGACUCGGGCCAAGACUACCGCUGCUUCCGGAGGCACCGUCACCUUUCCCGCUUUUUUCGGACGCCAGCCGCGGGCUAACAUCGUCCCUCGGACAUCGUCAUCUGCUCGUCGCUCUAGCAGGUCCCGCUCGACAAACAAGACCAUCCGAACCGUCGCGCGUCUGCUGCGGCCAUCCGCGACGCCGGCAUCGGCGUUUUCGUCGAUUGCCCCUGUGUCACCGUUGUCUUCGCCGUCAUCGGAGCGCCCUGCGUCCCCGGUUUCGCCUUUUGUACAGGUUUCGCCCGGGACUUCGCCCCUCACGAUGUCCCCUUCGCAGACAUCAUCACGGACUGCGGCUACCCCAGUCGCUGAAGCUUCUCCCUCUUCAGCCUGUUCCGUUGGAUCGCCUGACUUUCGUUUGGAAUCUACUGUUUUCAACACCUUCCCCCGUUCUAGACUUAAGUGGAUUGGCGCUGUUGGCAAUGCGCUGUAAAACACGCCACCCCAAAUAUAGCCCCCAAAGUUAUUCGCUACCAAAAACGCGUGACGCAUGGAUGAGUGGAGUGAGGAUAGCUGUUUACGGAAACCUCACAGGUUGAGUGAUGUAGGAGAUUGCCGGACACAUAGACGUGUUGAGUGAUUACAGCUGUAUACUGAAACCCCAAGGGUUGAGUGAGGUUUGGGAUUGCCAGACACAUGGACGGGUUGAGUGGGGAUAGCUGCAUCCUGAAACCCCACGGGUUGAGUGAUGUCGGAGUUCCGGGCACAUAGACGCGUUGAGUGAGGAUAGACACAUACUGAACCUCACAGGUGAUUUGUGAUGGAGUUUGCUAGACAUAUAGACGCGUUGAGUGGGGAUAGCUGCAUACUGAAACCUCACAGAUGGAUUGGUUUUUGAUGCCGGACACAUAGACGUGUUGAGUGAGGAUAGCUGCAUACUGA